AGAUUGAGAGAGCCCAAGAGCAAGAGAGCUAGAGAGCGAGCGGCGGGCGCUCGCCCGGCGCCACCCCUCGACCCGGCCGCGCGCCCCGCUCGCUUCUCCGCCCCUCCCGGCUCGGCCCGGCCCCGGCUCGGCCACAGCCCCGAGCUCUGGGGCGGCGCAGGCAGCCUCGGGACUCUCCCGCGCGCCGCCGCGUCCCCAGACAAAGGCUUGGCCGGCGGCCCCGGCCCGCUGCGCCCUCCGCUCCCCACCUCCCGGGCUCGCCGCUCUUCGCCCCCGCUCCCGGCUCGGCGCGCCCCGGCCGGCUGCAAAGUUUCCCGGGCGGCGGCGGCUGCGCCUCGCGUGAGCGAUGGCCGCGGAGCUGAGCAUGGGGCCUGAGUUGCCCACCAGCCCGCUGGCCAUGGAGUACGUCAACGACUUCGACCUGCUCAAGUUCGACGUAAAGAAGGAGCCGCUGGGGCGCGCGGACCGCCCGGGCCGUCCCUGCACGCGCCUGCAGCCAGCCGGCUCGGUGUCAUCCACACCGCUCAGCACGCCGUGCAGCUCGGUGCCCUCGUCGCCCAGCUUCAGCCCAACCGAACAGAAGACCCACCUCGAGGACCUGUACUGGAUGGCGAGCAACUACCAGCAGAUGAACCCCGAGGCGCUCAACCUGACGCCCGAGGACGCAGUGGAGGCGCUCAUAGGCUCGCACCCAGUGCCACAGCCGUUGCAGAGCUUCGACGGCUUCCGCGGCGCGCACCACCACCAUCACCACCACCACCCACACCCGCACCACGCGUACCCGGGCGCCGGCGUGGCGCACGACGAGCUGGGCCCACACGCGCACCCGCACCAUCACCAUCAUCACCAAGCGUCGCCGCCGCCGUCCAGCGCGGCCAGCCCCGCGCAGCAGCUGCCCACCAGCCACCCCGGGCCUGGGCCGCACGCAGCGGCCGCGGCGACGGCGGCUGGUGGUAGCAGCAGCGUGGAGGACCGCUUCUCCGACGACCAGCUCGUGUCCAUGUCCGUGCGCGAGCUGAACCGCCACCUGCGGGGCUUCACCAAGGACGAGGUGAUCCGCCUGAAGCAGAAGCGGCGGACCCUGAAGAACCGGGGCUACGCCCAGUCGUGCAGGUAUAAACGCGUCCAGCAGAAACACCACCUGGAGAAUGAGAAGACGCAGCUCAUUCAGCAGGUGGAGCAGCUUAAGCAGGAGGUGUCCCGGCUGGCCCGCGAAAGAGACGCCUACAAGGUCAAGUGCGAGAAACUCGCCAACUCCGGCUUCAGGGAGGCGGGCUCCACCAGCGACAGCCCCUCCUCUCCCGAGUUCUUUCUGUGAGUCGUGGCCGCUCCCGGCCCCCGCCCUUGCCCCGGCCCGGACUCCCCGUCCCGUGUCCCCAGCCCCGGACUCCCCCGGACCCUGUCCCUGCCACGGCCCCAGCCAUGACCUGUUUGACUUGAGGGAGAGGGAGGAAGGGCGCGCGGGACGCGGGCGACGGGAGGGCGCGCGGGCAGGCAGGGGACCUUGGCCAAGGCGAGAGCGGUGAGCGCCAGCGGCGCCUCCUAGACUCGAGCAGAGCCAGAGGGAGGCGAGGGGGUGGGAAGUCCCAGAGCAACUUUUCUCCAGGCUGGAGGGCGGCAAGGCAUAGUCGCGAGGAGUCGCCAAGGCCGUCUGGAGACUCCUGGCUUCCUGAACUUUGCGCGUUAAGCCGGGGCCGCUUCCUCGCGGCCCGGAGCGUAAUCCAGCCCAGCAAGAGAGCAGCGAGGAGAGGAAAGGAGAGGGACACUGGCGUCCCGGCAGGCGCGAGGCGAGGCUGAGCCAAGGAAGGAAGGACAGACGGACCUGUCUGUCCAGGGUCCGGAGAACACUGGCUCUCAGCCCCGAGACGCGGGCCUCAGUUAGGACGUUCUGCGCGCAAAUCUCAUCAGUUUUAUUGCCUGCUCGAUUAUAUAGAAAAAAUACGAAAAUCUGCAUUAAAAAUAUUAAUCCUGCAUGCUGGACAUGUAUGGUAAUAAUUUCUAUUUUGUACCAUUUUCUUGUUUAACUUUAGCAUGUUGUUGAUCAUGGAUCAUAACCCCCUUGUUUCUUUGGGUGAGAAGGGAUCGCAGUUCGGAAACUCCGGCGGCUGCUUGUCGGGUUUCAGUCUAUGGGCUGUAGGCUUGUAAAUACCCGCCCCGCCAAACCGCUUAAGAGAACCUGGCAGCAAGCUGAGUGUCUUUGUUUGGGUUUAUUAUUAUGGCAUUUUUUUGUAAGUAAAAAAAAAAAAAAACAAAAAAA